AAAAGUUAUGCAAAUUACACUGGAUUUGACUUUAAGAAAAGGGGAAAAUUAUUAGAGACUAUAUUACUGGAUUUGGACUUACUAAAAGGAAAAUAUGGAAAAUAUUCUUUAGAGAAUUAUACAUUAACGGAAAUGGUAAAAUAACUGAUGACUUUAAGACUGGAUUGGAUUUGAUGAAAGAAACUACUAUAAAUAUUCGCUAUCGAAUAUACAUAAUUGGAAAAGGAAAAUGGAAAUAAUGUAAGAUGAAAUGAGAAAACUGGAUUGGACUUUUUGUAAAACAAAAUAGUGAAAAUAAUAAAUACCAAAGAAAUGAAAAUACUAACGACAAGGCAGUAAGGCCCCUGGCUAUAGCCUGUUCGAAAGAACGAAUUAAUAUUAAAAAAAAAAAAAAUAAACAAUAAUAUUUAUACUUUUACUUUAUUUAAAUUCUAAUACAUACUGUUGUCUAUUUUAAUAUUUUGUAGAGAUAAGGGACUGAAAUCUUACUAGAAUAAUAAGAAGUUUUUUAAUUAAUUUUAAACUGUUGCCUUGAUGAGGUAAAGUAAUCUCAUCAAGGCUUUUUUAUAAUUGAAUAUGGAUCUCUCGACCCUGUGCAGAAGUUGUAUGAAAGAAGUUGCUUCAUGGGAGAAAGAAAACUUUAACAAUCGUGCCGUGGAAAUGUUUAGUUUUUGCACGAAUAUCAAGGUUACAGAUGAUGAAAAGUUGCCACAGCAGUUCUGUUAUGAUUGCACGAUCAAAAUAGAAUCAUCCUACACAUUUAUUAAAGAAGCCAAGAAUGUUGAUGUUACAUUGAAAAAUCUUAUUCUAAGAUCAAACGCAAGUGUCAUUGUUCAACCAGAAAAUAAAAUAGAAUCAACACAUAAAGUGCAAUCUGUUAAGUUAACACUACCUGAUUAUAAAUUAAGUAUUGGCACCAUUAACUUUUCUACUCAAGAUGUAAUAAAUGGGGAUGGUGUGCAAAAUACCAAUAAUAUAGUCUAUAACCCUGGUAGUACACAAGCUAAUGUAGAACCUACAAUUUUGGAGAAAAUAUUAAAUAAAUCUGAAGAGGCAAAAGUUGCAACAGAGACAAAUAAAAAAAAUAUGUGUCAAAUUUGCCAAAAGAGUUUUAUAUCGAAGGUAUGGUUUACUAAGCAUAUGGAGAAAGAACAUUCUGGACAUAAGUUUUUAUGUACUGUUUGUUGUAAAUCAUUUAAAAAGCAAUGUCAAUUGAAGUAUCAUGUUAUAACUCAUUCUGAAGAACGCAACUUUGCUUGUAGUACAUGUGGCAAACGAUAUAAAAGACGUAAACAGUUGGCAACACAUACAAGAACACACUCAGAUGUGAGACCAUAUGCUUGUGAUAAAUGCUCGCUAAGGUUUAAACUGAAAAGUAUUUUGAAAUGUCAUAUGAAAGUACAUGAAGAUGUGAAACAAUACCUGUGUUCUUACUGUGGAUGGAGUUUCUCCCAAGCAUGCAACUUGGUGGUACACAUGCGUCGCCACACAGGCGCGAAGCCGCACGCGUGCUCGCAAUGCGCCUUCCGUGCGGCGUCUGUUAGCUCGCUGCGGCGCCACCAGCGGCGACACACCGGCGCGGCGCCGCACCUCUGCUCGCACUGCCCCCGCGCCUUUAGAGACUCUGCUGCGCUGGCGCGUCAUGUUCGCACACACACGGGCGAGCUACCGUACAAGUGUCCGGAAUGCUCGCGAGCGUUCGCUGACAGUUGGAAGCGUAAGACGCACAUGAUGCGCGCGCACCGAGUGCCCUUGCACGAUAUACCGCGCAUGCGCGCAGACGGACGCACCAUUGCCACUUGACUCAACAGGCCUCUUUUAAUGUUCGUAAGAAUUCGAUAAAAUUGCUCUGAACAUUGUGGGUAUAAAGAUAUGAAUAUUUUACAGUAUAUUUCCGUGGCUGUCACGGAAAAGUCAGCGCUGUAUUUUCUUAGUGCACAAUCAAAAAACUCUAAGUGAUUACCAGUGGGAGGCUCCUGCGCAGGAUGCCGGCUAGAUUAUCGGUACCACAACGGCGCCUAUUUCUGCCGUGAAGCAGUAAUGUGUAAGCAUUACUGUGUUUCGGUCUGAAGGGCGCCGUAGCUAAAGAAAUUACUGGGCAAAUGAGACUUAACAUCUUAUGUCUCAAGGUGACAAGCGCAGGUGUAGACUCAGAAUUUUGGCUCUUUCAAGGAUCCUGGGCGGCACUGCAUUGUAAUGGGCAGGGUGUAUUAAUUAUCAUCAGCUGAACGUUCGGCUCGUCUCGACCUCAAAAACUCAGAAAAGGUGUCCUUAUUUAUAGAGUUGCUCCAUAAGUUUUUUUUUAACAUUUGUCAAAUAUCAUUGUAGUCACAGAUUAAAAAACUGUAUUCCAUUAUUCUGACAAGACACUGACGUGUCAGACUGAGAUUUAGUAUGUGGACUAUGUUAUUUCAUAUAAAUUAAUAUAUAUUGGUAAAUAAAAAAUUACAAAUUA